GUUGAAAAUUUACAACAACCAACUACGACUAACGAAGAGUGUUGAUUGAAUAAAAAAAGUAUUAAUUUGAGUCAAGUCAAACAAAGUUGGAUGAUGGAUCGAUGAGAAGCUGCAAAUAGAAUAGAAUAGAAGAGAAGAGAUCUCAAUCUCAUCCCAUCCCUCUUUCAGCCGAAGAAUAACUUGCUUAAUAAUCAUCAGAUAGAGAUAUGGGAGUUUGUUUCAGUUCUAAUAGUCAGAGCCCAUCCCAUUUCAGCUCAGGCAUAUCAUCACAGACGACAACAACUACAUCCUCCUCCACGGUAAGCAACGUCUCCGGGAAUAGCCAAUUCUCAGCAGCCAGUGGAGUUGAUGAGGUUUAUGGACAGAUAUUACCACAUCCUAAUUUAAGGACAUUUUCUUUUACCGAACUCAAGACCGCUACAAGAAAUUUUAGAAGUGAUACCGUCCUGGGAGAAGGCGGUUUUGGCAAAGUUUACAAGGGUUGGCUUGAUGACAGGGCUUCAUCCAGGACAGCUAGUGCCACUGGCACUGUCAUUGCUGUUAAGAAAUUGAAUUCUGAAAGUUUACAAGGACUUGAAGAGUGGCAGUGUGAGGUUAAUUUUCUUGGAACACUUUCACAUCCUAACCUGGUCAAACUCUUGGGAUACUGCUGGGAAGAUAAAGAACUAUUGCUUGUCUAUGAGUUUAUGCAAAAGGGCAGCUUGGAGAACCAUCUUUUUGGAAGGGGCUCUGCUGUUCAGCCACUUCCGUGGAAUAUAAGGCUUCAAAUAGUGAUUGGUGCAGCCCGAGGCUUGGCAUUCCUACAUGCAUCAGAGAAGCAAGUCAUUUACAGAGACUUCAAGGCCUCAAAUAUAUUACUUGAUGGCUCUUACAAUGCAAAGAUAUCAGAUUUUGGCUUGGCCAAACUCGGUCCUUCGGCUAGUCAAUCACACGUGACAACACGGGUGAUGGGAACGUAUGGUUAUGCUGCUCCCGAGUAUGUUCAAACAGGACACUUGUACGUGAAAAGCGAUGUCUAUGGUUUUGGUGUUGUGCUAGUGGAAAUGUUAACAGGUCUACGGGCACUAGACACAAACCGCCCAAGCAACCAGCAUAAUCUGGUUGAAUGGAUUAAGCCACAUUUAUCUGAUAGAAGGAAGUUGAAGGACAAGAUGGAUUCGCGGCUGGAAGGAAGAUAUCCAUCCAGAGCUGCAGUUCAAAUAGCACAACUGGCACUGUCAUGUCUUGGACCUGAACCAAAAACCAGACCAGGAAUGAAAGAAGUAGUGGAGAAACUAGAACAGAUUGAGGCAGCCAAUGAAAGACCCAAGGAGCCUAGAAUAACUUCCAGACAUCAGACUGCUUAUAGAUACGGUCAGCCACCUUUGCACCAUCGUUCUUCACUUCAUCCAAGGAACGAUGUAAAUCGAGCCUAUCCACUCCCAAAAAGAGCAUCAUGAAUAUGAUAAUACUAUUAUAGCUAUGUUAAUUUAGUUGUCCAAAUACAAAUGUUCUGUUUCUUUUUUUUUUGGUUGCCUGACGUCUGAGCUUGUGAGAUGAAGUGUUAAGGCUCUGUAUGGCAUUGGGUUGUGCUUGUUUCAGUGAUAUAUAUGUAUAGAGUUCAUUAUUUUGUACAUUUAAGGCGAUUCAAGAUUUCCAAUCCCCUUUGUUAUGGAUAUGGUUGAGUAUGCAUGAUAGUGUGCCUGGUGAUGAGAAGUUAGAAAAUGGAAGCAGAUAAUCAACACCUGCACUGCACACAGAGUUGAUGCAUCUCUUAUUUUGAGAUAUAUGUAUUCCUAGAAUCACUAUAUCUCUAUUCUAAUCUCUGCUUCAUGGAUC